AUCAGUUUAUCUAACUCCCUUUGAAGUAAAACAUUAAAGUAACUUUAACAAAAAUGUUCAAAUUUAUUGCUGUCUUUGCUUUGGCUGCUGUUGCCUCUGCUGCUCCUGGUUUUGUAUCUGAAAACCAUCACACCUUUGUACAACCUGCUGUUUUAACUAAAACUGCUGUUGUUGAUACCAGUGCUUCCUCAGCCAUUACCCAUCAAAGUUUUACCAAUUUGGAGAAAAAAGUCCCAGUUGUCCAUAGCUAUGCUGCUGCUCCUGUUGUAAAAACUGUUUCUUACGAAACUAUUCCCGUAGCCAAAUCAGUUUCUUACUCUGCUCCUAUAGUAAAAACUGUUGCUCCCGUUGUUCACACUUAUGAGUCGGCUCCUAUAGUAAAAUCAGUUUCUUACUCCGCUCCCGUAGUAAAAACUGUUGCUCCAGUUGUUCACACUUAUGAGUCGGCUCCUGUAGUUAAAUCAGUUUCAUACAGUGCUCCUGUUGUUAAGACUGUUGCUGCCGCUCCUGUAGUUCAUACUUAUGAAUCUGCUCCUGUAGUAAAAUCAGUUUCUUAUGCUGCUGCUCCUGUAUUCAAAACCGUUGCUGUCCACUCUGCUCCUUUAGUAAAGACAGUAGUUUCUGCUCCAGCAGCCUACUCUAGCUACCAUCAUUAAAUUGGUUAUUUUAUAG